GGACCAUGAUUUUUAGAAGGUUGUUCUACAAUGGAAGGAACUGAUCCAGAGAGUCCCAUUAUUAGAAGAGGAUUAUCGCCAAGCCACUAUUAUGGAAUUGAAAAUAUGCAUCAUGGCGAACAUCAUUUGGAGGGAAGUAGCCAGUCUCUCAAGGUAAUCAUAUUCGGAGGCCUAGAUGGCAUUUUGACAAUGUUUGCCGUUGUUUCUGGUUGUUUUGGAGCUUCUGUUUCACCACGUCAGAUUCUGGGUUUAUCAAUCGGUAGUCUACUGGCCUCCGCGUUUUCAAUGGGCUACGGCGAGUACGUAAGCUCUAGGGCGGAAAAGGAUUAUGUAGAUUCUGAGAAGCGUAGAGAGGAAAUGGAAAUAGAAUUCUAUCCAGAGGUAGAGAAGAAGGAGAUGUUCGACAUCUACACGAACCGGUACCAAUUUACUACAGCUGAUGCGAAUUCACUGGUUGAUUUGGGAUUCAGAAGGAAGGAGUUUUUCCUUCGUCACAUGAUGGUAGAAGAACUAGGAAUACUGCUAGAAGAAGAUGAAAUAACACCCUUGAGAAAGAGCAUUUUGAUGUACUUGAGUUUUUGUCUUUUAGGUUCAUUUCCCCUUUUGGGAUUUUUGGGGUUUCUCAUCCCAGACACUUCAGCUAGUCGCAAAUCGAUCUUGUGUUUUAGUCUUACUACGUUUUUUUCUAUCUUAGGCGCAGCAGCACUGGGAUAUUACAAGGGUAUAUACACGAAGCAAAGUAAACUAAAGUCCGCUUUAAUGAUGACAGCCAACGGUAUUAUCGUAGUGCGACUUCUUACGCCAUCGGCGUGAUAUUAAUGAUGGUUUAGAGAGACCACGGAAUAGCAUGAACGACAAUUUUUGGUAGCAGAUUAGAA